AUGGCUCACGAUGACGUCAACCCCGACGCGCCGAAGAAGCGCCUCGUCAUCAAGAAGAUGGUGCUCGAGAACUUCAAGUCCUACGCGGGCGCGCAGCACGUCGGCCCGUUUCACAAAUCCUUCUCCUCCGUCGUCGGCCCGAACGGCUCGGGGAAGAGCAACGUCAUCGACGCGAUGCUCUUCGUGUUCGGCAAGCGCGCGAAGCAGCUCAGGCUGAACAAGGUCUCCGAGCUCAUCCACAACAGCACGGACUUCAGGAACUUGGAGUACGCGCGCGUGGAGGUGCACUUCCACGAGAUCGUCGACAAGGCGCGCGAAGACUUCGAGGCGAUCCCGAACUCAGACUUCAUCAUCGCGCGCGAGGCGUACAAGAACAACACGUCCAAGUACUUCAUCGACGCGAAGACGUCCAACUUCACGGAGGUCACGAAUCUCCUCAAGGCGCACGGCGUCGACCUGAACAACAACCGAUUCCUCAUCCUUCAGGGCGAGGUUGAACAAAUCUCGAUGAUGAAGCCGAAAGCGCAGACGCCGAACGACGAGGGGCUGCUGGAGUACCUCGAGGACAUCAUCGGGACGAACCAGUACGUCGAGAGCAUCGAGGAGAAGGCGAAGUCGCUCGAGGAUCUCAACGAGAAGCGCGGCGGCCAAGCGAACCGACUCAAACUCGUCGAAAAAGAACGCGACGGCCUCGCCGGCGCGAAAGCGGAGGCGGAGGCGUUCAUGGCGAAAGAGCGCGAGCUCGUCAGGACGCGCAGCGUGAUGUACCAAGUCUUCGAGCUCGACGCGCGGACGCAGAUGGCGGCGAUCGCGGAGAAGAAGGCGGCGCUCGAGGCGACGCUCGCCGAGGAGAGAGAAAAAGCGAAGGAAACGACGGCGGGCGCCGAGGCGUUGGAGCGCGCGCACGGGGAGCACGCGAAAGCGCUCGGGGAGCUGAGAGCGCGGCUCGACGACGCGACGAGAGCGUUCGCGGAGUUUGAGCGCAAGGACAUCAAGCACCGCGAGGACUUGAAGGACAUGAAGCAGCGCGCGAAGAAGCUCGACGAGAAGCUCGUCAAGGACGCCAAGAAACAGACGGACAUGGCCGCGGAGGUGGAGGCGAUCGAGCGCGAAGUCCCGGAGCUCGAGUCCAAGAAGGCGCAGCUGGAAGAGCGCGUCGCGAAGGAGGAGACCGCGCUGGACGCCGUGCUCGAGAGUUUGAAGGGAGAGAUGGCGACGAUCGGCGCGGAGCUCGAGGCGGCGCGGGCGGCGUUGACGCCGUGGGAGGGGAAAAUCGCCGACGCCAAGGCGGCGAUGGACGUCGCCGUCACGGAGCGCGAUCUCCUCGUGAACGCGAAGGAAGACGCGCGGAAGAGGUACGAGGAUGCCAAGGAGGGCGUCGAGAAAGCGAACGCGCUCGCGGCGAAGAAGGAGGAAGAGAUGUCCGACGCCGCGAGCGACCUCGCGUCGGAAAAGUCCAGAGCGGCGGAGCGACGCGAGGCGGAGUCCGCGGCGCGCGCGCGAGAGAAGCUCGCGAACGAAACCACGCGAGAGAUUCGCGGCAAGCUCGAGCAGAAGCGAUCGGCGGCGGACCAGGAGAGGUCCAAGUCCGUCAUCGUCUCCGCGCUGAUGCACGCGAAGAGCAAAGGGAAGAUCAAAGGCGUGUUGGGGCGGCUCGGCGACCUCGGCGCCAUCGACAAAAAGUACGACGUCGCCGUCUCCACCGCGUGCGCGGCGUUGGAUUACAUCGUCGUCGAGACGACCGCGGACGCGCAGGCGUGCGUCGCGCAUCUGCGCGCGAAUAACCUCGGCGUCGCGACGUUUUUGAUCCUCGAGAAGCAAAAGGCGCUGGAAGGGCGCAUGCGCGAGGCUGCAGCCUUUGCCGCCGCGGAGAAGGGCGCGGCGCCGCGGUUGAUGGAUUUGAUCAAACCCGCGGAGCCGCGGCUCGCGGUUGCCUUUUACUACGGCGUUCGCGACACCGCGGUCGCGGACGACCUCGACGCCGCGUCGAAGAUUGCGUACGAGGGCAAGUCCGGACGCAAGCGCGUCGUGACGCUCGCCGGGCAGCUCAUCGAGACGAGCGGGACGAUGUCCGGCGGCGGGUCCAAGCCCAAGGGGGGACGCAUGCGCACGGGCACGGCGGCGCCAGCGACGGCGGACGACGCGGAGGAGUCUGCGGCGGCGGUCGCCGUCGCGGAGAAGGACCUCCAGGCCGCGUCCGUGACGUACGAGGAGGCGCGGUCCGCGGCGAUCGCGGCGGGGAAAGAAGCCAAGGAGGCGGAGCAAGCGAUCGCGAAGAUCGAGCGGCUCCUUCCCAAGCUCAAGGCGGAGCACGAAGCCGCGAUCGAACGCGCGAGCGACUUGAACGGCCGCCUCAUCGAACUCGAGAACGACGCGAAGACGACGAAGGAGGACGCCGCGGAGCUCAAGAGACUGAAGAAAGAAGUCGAGGACACGAGCGCGGCGUACGCGUCGGUGCAGGAAGACGCCGCGGAGACGCGAGCGCGGUGCGAGGCGCUGCAAAAGAAGAUGGACGACGUCGGCGGCGAAAAGCUGAAAAAGCAACGCGCGCUGGUGAAGGAUCUGAGAGCCGGGAUCGCCGCCGCGGAGGAGAGCUGCGUGGAGAAGCGCGCGACCGCGGCGAGCCACGCCAAGGCGACCGCGCGUCUGAUGAAGGCGAUCGAGGACGCGACCGCGGAGAGAGCGAAGCUGACGGAGGAUGUCAAAGCCGUCAAGGAGGCGUUUAAGACGUUGGAGGACGGCGCCAUGGAGGUUCUGGAGCGGCAGAAGGAGCUUCAGGCGAUGUGCGACGCCAAGGCGGCCGAGCUCGCGGCGGCGGCGAUGGAGAGAGACGCCGCGCUGAAGGAGAUUGGCGCGAUCAAGCACGUCGAGGUUGACCUCUGCGCGAAGAUCGAGGACCUCGCGGAGGCUGGGAAGCAAAACGAGGAGAAAAACAAGCAGUGGACGAAGGAGCUCGCCAAGUUGCGGAAGGAGCAGGAGGCGCUCCACGCGGAGGUGUCGCUGCCCGUGCCCGAGCUCUUGAGCGACGAAGAGCUCGCGAGCGAGACCACAGACGCGCUCGUCGCGGACGAGAAACGCUUGGAAGAGGAGCUCGCGGUCAUGAAACCCGACCUCUCGUCGAUCGAGGCGUUUCGUAACAAGGAGGGCGAGUACGAAGAACGCGCGGGCGAUCUUCGGACGGUCACGGAGGCGCGCGACGCGACGCGCGCGGAGUACGACGACCUGCGCAAGAAGCGUCUGGACGAGUUCAUGUCCGGGUUUAACGUCAUCUCGCUCCGGUUGAAGGAGAUGUAUCAGAUGAUCACGUUGGGCGGAGACGCGGAGCUGGAGCUCGUGGAUUCGCUCGAUCCGUUCGCCGAGGGCAUCGUCUUCAGCGUGCGGCCGCCGAAGAAGAGCUGGAAGAACAUCGCGAACUUGUCCGGCGGCGAGAAGACGCUGUCCUCGCUCGCGCUCGUGUUCGCGCUGCAUCACUACAAGCCCACGCCGCUUUACGUCAUGGACGAGAUCGACGCCGCGCUGGACUUUAAGAACGUGUCCAUCGUCGGGCAUUACAUCAAAGAGCGGACGAAAAACGCGCAGUUUGUGAUCAUCUCGUUGCGGAACAACAUGUUCGAGCUCGCGGACCGUCUCGUCGGGAUUUACAAGACGAACAACACGACGAAGACGGUCGCGAUCAACCCCGGGGCGUUCACCGUCGGCGCGGGGAACAAGAUUCAGGGGAAGGAAGCCGCCACGGAGGAGGGAGGGGACGAGAACGUCGCCCCGGCGGCGUCCGUCGCGCAGCCGCUGGCGGUGUGA